AUGAGGAAAUUGAUGCCGAUGAGGAGAAUUCGAAAUGUUUUGAAGGAAUUGCCGCAUGAUUGUGAAGGUAGGGUUGGCUACUUGGCACAGAAGCUCUGAAGGCACAGGUCCUAGAAAAUUAAAACCUCUAGGCGCGGCUACUUGUCACAGAAGCCCCCAAGGCGCGGCUGCUUGCCAGAGUGGAUCUCUAAACGCGGCUCCUAGACAAUUAGGUUCUCUAGGCGCGGCUACUUAGCAUAUAAGCUCUCAAGGCGCGGCUCCUAGACAAUUAGGUUCUCUAGGAGCGGCUACUUGAGAAUUAUGUUCUCUAGGCGCUGCUCCUAGACAAUAUGGUUCUCUAGGCGUGGCUACUUGAUAACUAGGCUCGGAUUCUUUUUACACAAGCUCCAUGGGCUCAAAAAUCUUCUGAUGAACUUCGGAAUAAAAAUUUUACAGUACAACUUUUUAAUUUUGGAAACCCUUGUGUUUCAGAAGCAGAAAUUGAAAAUCCGAAAACUUUCAACCUGAAUUUGAAUUACUCAAAUAUCUACACUUUAUGAGAAUUCCAGAUUUUCAGAAAAAAUCUGAAAUGUAGAAGAUCUGAAAAUUAUUUGUGGUUUCAGAGAGAAAAAUUAAAAUCGACACAAAAUUUUGCCGAUUUUUCCAGAAAUGCGAGAAAUGCAUGGGAAAAUCGAAGAAUAUCGUCACGAAUUCGUGAUUGAAAUGCGAAAACAAAACCUUGAUGCGAUUAUUUGUCCAGCAUUUGUAAGUGUUCCAAACUUUUCCCUUUCCCCACCCAAAUCCCUUUUUUCCAGGGCUCAUAUCCACCAAAACACGGUGCUCCAAAUAAAAUGAUAAGCGCGACAAGUUACACAGCUCUUUAUAAUCUCAUUGAUUUUCCUGCUGGAACUGUUCCGAUUGGAAAAAUCGGAAAAAAUGAGUGCGAAUUUGAAGGAAAUGGUGAUAUUUGGGAUAAAUUGGUUGGGGAAAAUUUGAAAGGCUGUGAAGGUUUAUCGAUUUCUGUUCAAAUUGCUACACCGCCUUUUAAAGAUGAAAUGUGUUUGAGGAUUAUGAGAGAUGUUGAGAAAUAUUUUGACAAGGGGAAGAAUAAUUGA